UUUUCUAUUUACCUCACUCGUGUAUCACGUUCCUGGUUAUUGAAUGGCGGAGGGUGUGCAAAGCUAGCCAUGGGGUAAAUCUGAAGCAAAUCAAUGGACCUUUGUAUGUUACGUUAGCGAGUAGGCUAACAGACUACCACAGAAAUGAAUGAGGGGAAAGACUUUUAAAAUAAAGACAUGUAAGUUGAGGUUACUUCUCUGUCUCGAUUCCGAUCUGGCAGUUUAAGCUUUGUUCAUCUUCAACAUUUGAUGUCGGAUAUACGACGAGGCCUUUAAAUGGAUCCAGCGGUUUCGCGUGAAAGUCCUGCGGGGUCAGGAGAACCUUCAGCGGAGGAGAGAGGAGGAAAUCAGCCGGAGGAGGUAACGGAGGAUAGCAGAGAAGCUGAUGGGGAAUCAGAGGAGACCGAGGUGGAAGGUAAAGACUCGGAGAGAUCUAAAAGUCAAGAUGAAGACUCAAUUCAUGAAAAACUCACCGAGGAGGAAUUAGAUCCAAGAAUCCAGGAGGAACUGGAGCGUCUGAAUGAGGCCAGUGUGGAGAUCAACAAAAUGGAACUGGAACUGCAAGAGGUUCGGUCCAGCCAUAGGAGGAUAAUGAAUGAAUCUGUGCUUAAACUCAAGGCGAAAAGUUCAGAACUGGGGUCCUGCAUCGAGAAGGCCAGGCCAUAUUACGAGGCACGAAGAAAAGCAAAAGAGGCCCAGCAGGAGACCCAGAAAGCUGCACUCAGCUUUGAGAGAGCCGUGUCCAUGCACUCGGCUGCUCGCGAGAUGGUCCACGUGGCUGAACAGGGCCUCACUGCAGUCAAGACACUGGAUCCAACCUGGCAAGAGAUGUUGAAUCACGCUACCUCAAAGGUGAACGAGGCGGAGGAGGAGCGCAUGAAGAGCGAACGGGAGCACAUGCGUGUCACCCAGCUGUGUCAGGAGGCCGAAGCCCGCGUACAGGAGCUACAGAAAUCACUGAAGAGAUCCAUCGUCAAGUCCAAGUCUUAUUUUGAGCUCAAGGUUCAGUUCAAUGACAUUCUAGAGGAGCACAAGUCAAAAAUUUUACUGUUAGAGGAGCGUAUUUCCCAAGCCAAGUUAAACUACUCCAGCACCCUGCGCCACCUGGAGCAAAUCAGUGAGGAGAUUCAUGCCCAGAGAGAGCAGGUCCAACCAAAGGAUGGACCAAUCAAUACGUGCGGUGGGCGGAGCCCUCCUGUAGGAGCAGAGACAGUCAGCAGCACAGGCACUGAAGGCGGAGCCUGCGGAGGUUACCCGAGACCAAACGAUUGGGUGGAUGUAAAAGAGAGCAUGGCUAAUGCCAGAGAGUGGGUGGAGACACAUAAGAACUCCAGGUGGGUGGACAUGGGAAGAGCAGACGUGACACGAGCUGCUUCUGACUCUCUCUCCAUCGUCAGCCUCCAGACCAUCAUCUCUGAUCUCCAAAAGUGUGAUUCAGUCGAUCACCUGGGCCGCCUCAGCAGUGACUUCAGUCUCUCAGGGGAAGAAGGGGAGAGAGACGGGCUGGAGAAUGACAACAAGCGAGUGAGGCACAAAACCACAGAGAUUUCAGAGGAGUACCUCAAACAACACAUAAGAAGUGUCAGUUUAUGAGUGCAUCGUUGAAUAAUGCUCAUGUUUCAUCAUUUUUAAGCUUGUUUUUUUGACUGACAGAGUAAAUCAUUUUUAUUUAUUGUUGAGCUUUUUUGAAAAGGAGUAAGACCAAAAGGAAAUUCUUAUAUAUAUCUUUAAUUGUAAUUUUUUUUUGAGAGUGAGUGAGAGAGAGAGGUUUUUUACUGUUCGGUAUUUCAAAACAAGUGGUAAAAGAUGGACAAUAUUUUUAAGGGUAGCAACCCGGCAGUUGGAUUAACCUAAUCCCAAUUCCUAUAAUGUAUUUCUGUUUCAUCCUAAUGUUUUUCUAUGCAAAUGUAAAAAAAAAAAAAUGUGUCUUAUAGCAUUCUUAUUAUAAUCUCUAUAGCUGACAUGAUCAAAUAAGGCUGUUUUGCUUUAUAUUUUUCAAAUUUUACUGACCACUGAUGAGCUUUAGUUCGCUUACUGACAUAAUCACACUAUUUGCCAUUAAUCAUUAGCUAAUUUUAGGCUUUAAAAUGCUACUGUUAUGUUUCUUAAUUUAAAAUGUAUUUUAUUUUUUACAUAAGUCCCAUGCUGACUUUGAAAUUGUGGUUUACAAAAAGUGCUUUGUUCCCAAGUGUUAUAUGCAUGCAUGAGGUUUGAUUUAUGUUAGUCUUGUUUGCAUUAGUGCAUUCUGGCCUUUUCAUCUGAAGAAACAUUUAUUCCAGCCGAAAUACAGGUUUUGUGUAGUUUGAGAGAAGUCUUGUUUCUCAAUCGCAGGGUUUUUUAAAAUACCUGCCACUGAACAUUUGAUGUUUUGCUGUUUAUGACAAUCACUUUUCUAAGUUUCAGAAUUAAUUUUAAUUUCAUGCAUUUUCAGGUGUUUUUGAAAGCUGUUUUCCUCAUUUUUUGAGAGGCUAUGUUCAUUCAGUGUGCUUUAUACAUCUUUGCUAACCCUCAGUGUGAGCAUUGGAUGUUGAUAUUAUUGUCUUUAUCAAUAGUGUUCUGUAUGAAGAUGUGCACAGUGGUGACAUUUGGGACGUCUGAUGGAACAAUAAAUAUGCAUGUAUAAAUUCA